CGAGAGCGGCGGCGGCAGGCGGAGGCCCAGGCCCGGCGGGUCCCCGACAUGUCACGAUGGCUGUGGCCGUGGUCCAACUGCGUGAAGGAGCGCGUCUGCCGCUACCUGCUGCACCAUUACUUGGGCCACUUCUUCCAGGAGCAGCUGAGCCUGGAGCAGCUGAGCCUCGACCUGUACAAGGGCAGCGUCGUCCUGCGGGACAUCCACUUGGAGAACUGGUCAGUGAACGAGGUGCUGGAGUCUGUGGAGUCGCCCCUGGAGCUGGUGGAAGGCUUCGUGGGCAGCAUCGAGGUGGCAGUGCCCUGGGCCGCGCUGCUCACGGACCACUGCACCGUGCAAGUGUCCGGCCUGCAGCUCACCCUGCAGCCCCGCCGCGCCAGCCCCGUCCCCGGGGGAGCUGACUGGCAGAGUACCACGGCCUCCCGCAUGACCACCAGCAUGCAGCUGGCCCAGGAGUGUCUACGGGAUGGGCCGCCCGAGCCCUCGGAACCGCCACAGCCCCUGGAGGGUCUGGAGAUGUUUGCCCAGACCAUCGAGACUGUGCUGCGCAGAAUCAAGGUGACUUUUCUGGACUCCGUGGUCAGGGUGGAGCACCUGUCCGGGGAUGGGGAGCACGGCAUGGCCCUGGAAAUCCAUGUGCAAAGACUGGAGUACUGUGAUGAGGCGGUGCGGGACCCCGGGCAGGCGCCCCCCGUGGAUGUGCACCAGCCACCCGCCUUCCUCCACAAGAUGCUGCAGCUGGCUGGGGUUCGUCUGCACUUCGAGGAGCUCCCGACGCAGGAAGAACCCCCAGCACCCCCCUUGCAGAUUGGCAGCUGCUCGGGGUACAUGGAGCUGACGGUAAAACUGAAGCAGAAUGAGGCCUUCCCAGGUCCCAAGCUGGAGGUGGCUGGACAGCUGGGCUCGCUGCACCUUCUUCUCACCCCCCAGCAGUUGCAGCAGCUGCAGGAGCUGCUUGGUGCCAUGAACUUCCCAGACAGCUCGAGCCUGGCCGACAAACUGAACAAAAGCCGCCCGCUGGAGGCCGAAGAUCUGUGGCUGAUCGAGCAAGACCUGAACCAGCAGCUACAGGGGGGGCCUGGGGCCGAGGGAAUCAGCCCGGACCCCCUUGCCAACCCCCUGGUCAGCCUGGACAGCACUGGCGGGGACCUCUUCUUCUCCAUGGCGGGUCUCACGAGCAGCGCCAUGUCAGCCAUGUCGGCCAUGUCUGAGCUGUCCCUCACCGACGUGGACCUCGCCUCCUCCAUGCACAGCGACAUCAGCGCCCGCCGCCUCUCCACCCAGGGUCGCCCCAUUGGCAAGAUGGCUCCCGCACCUCUCCCAGACACCCUUCGCCCUGACUCGCUGCUAAAGAUGACCUUGGGGGGCGUGACCUUGACCUUGCUCCAGACUGCCGCCCCAGCUUCCGGUCCCAUGGACCUCGCCACGCACUUUUUUGCUGAGUUCGAAGCCGCCAAGGAUGGGCCCUUCGGCUCCCGGGACUUCCACCAUCUCCGCCCGCGCUUCCAGAAGGCCUGUCCCCACAGCCACUUUCGGCUGACAGGCACAGCUGUGCAGCUGUCCUGGGAGCUGCGGACUGGCCGGGGCCGGCGCACCACCAGCUCCGACGUGCACUUUGGGCAGCUGGAGGUUUUGGAGUGUCUGUGGCCCCGGGGUGCCCGGGAGCCUGAGUACACUGAGAUCCUGAGCUUCCCCAGCAGGACGGGCUCCCAGGCCUCUGCCCGGCCCUGUGCCCACCUUCGCCACACACAGACGCUGCGGCGUGUGUCCAAGAGCCGCCCCCAGCGCCCUGUGGCCUGCCGCUGCCACUCGGAACUGGCCCUGGACCUGGCCCCUUUCCAGGCGGACUUGGAACUGGGGGCCCUGCACCGGCUCUCCUUCCUGCUGCGCCAGGCCAGCGUCUCCCCCCCAGAGCCCCCCCCAACUGGCCUGCUGACCGAGACCCCACCCGUCCCCGAGCAGCAGACUGUGGUGCGCCUCUCCGCCCCCAAGGCCACGCUAUGCUUGCGCUUCCCCAUCGCGGACUUGCGGCCCGAGCGGGACCCCUGGGCAGGGGCCACCUAUCGGGCUGAGCAGUUGCGGCUGGAACUGAGUGAGCCCCAGUUCCGCUCAGAGCUGAGCAGUGGGCCUGGGCCCCCGGCCCCCACCCGCCUGGAGAUCACCUGUUCUGACCUGCACGGUACCUAUGAGGAAGCAGACAAGCCCCCCGUACCCUGCCUACGUGCCUCCAAAGCCCUGGACCCCAAGAGUCCGGGGUGCAAGUACUUCCUGCCCCAGGUAGUGGUGACCCUGAACCCCCAGCUCAGCAGCACGCAGUGGGAUUCGGUCCCGGAGAAGGGCGAGGAGCUGGCAAUGUCUGCGGAGAGCCCGUGUGAGUUGCAACAGCCGGAACCUUCGCCCUUCUCGGCCAAGAGGACCAUGUACGAGACGGAGGAGAUGGUGAUCCCCGGGGACCCCGAGGAGAUGCGGGCCUUCAAGAGCCGGGCGCUCACCCUGUCCCGCUGCAGCCUGGAGGUCGUGCUGCCCAGCGCCCACAUCUUCCUGCCCAGCAAGGAAGUCUACGAGAGCCUCUACAACAGGAUCAACAACGACCUGCUCAUGUGGGAGCCCCCAGACCUGCUGCCCAGCCCCCGCCGCCCUGCCCACCCGCCUGGUGCUCAGGACCCCUCAAGUUUCUGGAGCGACCACUUCAAAAUGUGCAAGUCGGCCCUCAAGCUGGACUCGGACUCCGAUGAGGAGGACGCCCAAUUCUUCUCCGUGAGGGCACCCAGCAUCCCGCAGCCCCCGGCCCCUGAGCGUUCGCACCCUCAUUGCCAGAAUUCCUUCUCCACGCUGGUGACGGUGUUGAAGGGACGGGUCACUGCACUCUGCGAGACCAAGGAUGAGUCUGGGAGGCGGCUGGACGCGACACAUGGGGAGCUGGUGCUGGACGUGGAGCAGGGCAGCCUGUUCAGCGUCACCCAGUACCGCGGCCAACCCGGGCUCGGCUACUUCUGCCUGGAAGCCGAGAAGGCAGCUCUGUACCACCGAGCGGCUGUGGACGAUUACUCGCUGCCCAGUCAGCUGGAGCUGCCCAACCGUGCACCCCCGGCCCCGCUGGUCGCCACCAUCUACCCGUCGGAGGAAGGUGUCACGGAGCGAGGGGCCGCCGCAGGGCGCAAGGGCCAGGGCCGGGCCCCCAACAUGCUGUCCGCAGCCGUGCGCAUCCACCUGGACCCCCACAAGAACAUCAAGGAGUUUCUGGUGACCCUGCGGCUGCACCGAGCCACGCUGCGCCACCGCACGGCCUUACCAGGACAGACCUGGCACUCGCAGCUGCUGGAGUUCCUCGAUGUGCUGGAUGACCCCAUUCUGGGCUACUUACCCCCUACGGUCAUCACCGUGCUCCACACGCACCUGCUUUCCUGUGCAGUGGACUACAGGCCCCUCUAUCUCCCUGUGCGGGUGCUCAUCACCGCCGAGAGCUUCUCCCUCUCUAGCAACAUCGUCAUGGACACUUCGACCUUCCUGCUCAGGUUCAUCCUCGACGACUCGGCCUUGUACCUUUCUGACAAGUGUGAGGUAGAGAGCUUGGAUCUACGGCGAGACUAUGUCUGUGUCUUGGAUGUCGACCUGCUGGAGCUCGUGAUCAAAACCUGGAAGGGGGACACUGAGGGCAAGCUGAGCCAGCCCCGGUUCGAGCUUCGCUGCUCCAACAACGUGGUCCAUGUGCACAGCUGCGCAGACUCAUGCGCGCUUCUGGCCAACCUCCUGCAGUACGUGACAAGUGGGGGUGACCUGCACCCCCCGCCCCGGCCUCCCAGCCCCACGGAGAUCGCUGGCCAGAAGAUACAGCUGUCGGAGAGCCCAGCCUCACUGCCCACCUGCGCCCCGGUGGAGACGGCUGUCAUCAACCAGCGGGACCUGGCCGACGCCCUCCUGGACCCCGAGCGUGGCCUGCAGGACCUAGCCCCGCCUGCUGCAGGUGACUCCCUUCCUCGGGCCUCCCCUGUGUCCCUCUACCUAUUCCCAGACGAACGAAGUGGAGCCCCGCCCCCCUCACCAGUCGGAGACCCCACUAGCAGCCUGGGGUCCUGCUCCGAGGCCCCCGAAGAAGACAAGGAAGAGGAGGGGGACGGAGACACGCUUGACAGUGAUGAGUUCUGCAUCCUGGACGCCCCCGGCCUAGGCAUCCCACCCCGGGACGGGGAGCCUACGGUCACCCAGCUACAGCCCGGCCCCAUCGUGGUGCAGGAAGGACACUUCUCACGGCCUCUGGGCAGCACUGACCUGCUGAAGGCACCUGCCCACUUCCCAGUGCCCAGUACCCGCGUGGUACUACGCGAGGUCUCUGUGGUCUGGCACCUCUACGGGGGCCGGGACUUCGGACCUCUCCCCAGCCACAGGACUAGAGCCGGCCUUGGGGGCCACCGGGGCUCCCCUUCUCGCAGCUCUGGUGCCAACCGACCCCAGAACUUCUGGCGGACCCAGGGGGGCAGCGGGCGGCAGCACCAUGUGCUGAUGGAGAUUCAGCUCAGUAAGAUGAGCUUCCAGCACGAGGUGUACCCCACACAGCCCCCUGGCCAGGCCCGGGUGCCCGAGGAGCAGCCGCUGUCCCGCCAGGUGUUCAUUGUUCAGGAACUCGAGGUCCGAGACCGACUGGCGACGUCCCAGAUCAACAAGUUCCUGUACCUGCACACGAGCGAACGCAUGCCGAGGCGGGCACACUCUAACAUGCUCACCAUCAAGGCACUGCACGUGGCCCCCACCACCAACCUGGGGGCGCCUGAAUGCUGCCUCCGAGUCUCGCUGAUGCCCCUGCGACUCAACGUGGACCAGGACGCCCUGCUCUUCCUCAGGGAUUUCUUCUCCAGCCUGGCGGCCGGCAUCAACCCCCUGGUCCCCGUGGAUAUGUGCACUGAAGCUCACCCUGAGGUCCGGCCGGGCAGUUCCAGGGAAGGGCAGCCCGAGGGUACUGAGACUUCGGGACCCCACGAGGCCUCCCCCAGCGCUUCCUCUACAGAGCAGCAGCCCAUCUACUUCAGGGAGUUCCGCUUCACAUCCGAGGUUCCCAUCUGGCUGGAUUACCACGGCAAGCACGUCACCAUGGACCAGGUGGGCACCUUCGCCGGCCUCCUCAUCGGCCUGGCCCAGCUCAAUUGCUCGGAGCUGAAGCUGAAGCGUCUGUGUUGCCGCCACGGGCUGCUGGGCGUGGACAAGGUCCUGGGCUAUGCGCUCAACGAGUGGCUACAGGACAUUCGUCGGAACCAGCUGCCUGGCCUGCUGGGCGGGGUGGGCCCCAUGCACUCGGUCGUCCAGCUCUUCCAGGGCUUCCGGGACCUACUGUGGCUGCCCAUUGAGCAGUACCGCAAGGACGGACGGCUCAUGCGGGGCCUGCAACGAGGCGCCGCCUCCUUCGGCUCAUCCACUGCCUCUGCCGCCCUGGAACUCAGCAACCGGCUGGUGCAGGCCAUCCAGGCCACCGCCGAGACCGUCUAUGACAUCCUGUCCCCGGCUGUCCCCGUGUCACGGUCCCUGCAGGACAAGCGCUCGGGGCGGAAGCUGCGAAGGGGCCAGCAGCCCGCUGACCUCCGGGAGGGCAUGGCCAAGGCCUACGACACAGUCCGCGAGGGCAUCCUGGACACGGCCCAGACCAUCUGCGAUGUGGCGUCGCGGGGCCACGAGCAAAAAGGACUGACAGGCGCUGUGGGCGGCGUGAUCCGACAGCUGCCCCCCACGGUGGUGAAGCCCCUCAUCCUGGCCACGGAGGCCACGUCCAGCCUGCUCGGGGGGAUGCGUAACCAGAUCCUGCCCGAUGCGCACAAGGACCAGGCGCUCAAGUGGCGCUCGGAGGAGGCGCAGGACUGAGCGGCGGGCACUGCCCAUCCACUGCGCCCACCUGCCCGCCCAUCGCAAGGACCAGGAAGGAGCCGGCCCGCCUGCCACUGCCGGCCACGGGGUGGGGCUCCCCGUUUCGAUCUGCACUUUUCCGCCCGGGACCCAGGACGCAGCCCCCCUCCAUCGCCACCUGGGCCCACACUGCUGCCUUGUGCCAGGACAGAGGCUCUAGGACCCUUGGACCCCCGCAGCCCAGCGUCUACGCUCUGGAAGGCGGCCAAGCUGGACACUGGUGUUCAAUGUAUUAUUUUUAAGCUCCUGAGUGGGUCAGUCUCUGCAUGAAGUGGAAUAAACUGUCCACCGCCAGACUGGACAGUCCUUGUACCUGCCUGGAUUCACCUGGAUGCCGGCCAAAUCCCCACCUUGGCCACCAGGGAGCGCCACAUCCUCUCCGUCCUUCUCAAGGCCCCAAGGUCCAGGCCCACCCUGGACUGCCCCAUGGAGGAGACUGCGACUGUCCCUGAACUGAGUGACUCAGGCCUUGGGGUCCCCAGGGCCCCUUGCACAGCCUGGGACUCAGUCUCACCUGGGGGUGCUGGCUCAGACCCUGGUCCUCGGGUCUCAGGCCCCCCUACUCCCAGAGAGUACCUCCCCACUGACCCUGGGAUGAUAACCUCCCACAGGGUCCCCCAGAACCACCCCCAAAACAAAACAGAAAAUGAAAUAA